GCCGCCGCCGCGGACCCGCCCGUCCCUCCGCUCCAUCCCCGCGCUGCGGGCGCUCCGCUCCGACCUCGCCUCCCCGUACCCAGCAGCAUGGCCAGCACCGUGUCAGGUAGGGCUGCUCGUUACCCUCGUUCUCUUUAUAUACAUAUAUACAUAGAUUUGGAGGUUUUUGGUGGUUUUUUUUCCCCCUGGGCUGUGCGGUUUCGGAUGCAUUGUUCCCCACCGCCCAGCACACACCCCCUGGUGCGAGGCAGUGGGUGCCCUUUUGAUUUUCAUAGCGAUCCACCCGUGAUAAAUGUGCCUAUUUAUGCUAUGGCUGCUGCUACGUUGCACCAUCCGACGGUGCCGCGUGCCAAUUAAUUGUCAUUUCUGCAGUGUGAUGCAGCUUUCUUUUUCUUCCCUUUAAAAAACGUGCAUGGGGUGUAGUUGGAUGCAGAGAAAUGCAAAAUGGCAUUUCCCUACAGUUCGAUUGUGUGAAGAUUAUAGAUUGCUUCAAUGGAUGUUGGAAAGAAAGACACGGAGAAUUAAAAAUCCCUUAAAAAAAAAGAAAAAAAAAAAAGGAAAGCCUAAACCCAACCUGGGUGCACUGCUGUGCGUUCUCCCAGCUCCCCACCCUGUGUUUCUUUCAUCAGGAGAUGCUCCAGGGGAGCGGUCCUCUGAUGGCGCUGGUGAAGCAGUGCUGCAGGGCAGCCCCCCUCCCUCCUCCCCUCCCUCCCUCUCUCCUCCUGCAGCAGCACUGGGGCUCUGGGUGGGCUCUGCUCCCCUAAAAAUGAUCCUCGUCCUUUUGAGACGGAGAGCAGGAGUUGAAAUGGCUGGAGAUGGGGCGGAGGAGAAAAUCCUGCAUUGAUACAGCAGACAGUGGGUGUGUUCAGAGGGUCUUUUUCUUUUCCUUUAAAAAAAAAAAAUUACAUAGAAGUUUCUGGAGAAAACAUUUACAGGGCAUAAAGAGGGGCUUGGGUGGGUGAAGCUGAACCAUGCAGGGCUGGGGUGUGGGGCUGAAUAGGAAGGGAAGACAAAAAGGAAAUGUAGGGAGUGCUUUGUGCCCCCUCGGUGGCAGAGAAGCAGGCAGAAGGCAGAAGGCAGCAGGCAGCAUCCCUGCCUCUUCCCCUGCCCUUUGCUGAGUCCUUCCUGGUGUUCCCUGUUCUUUUCUCCUUUUUAAAGGGACGGGAAGAUGGGAGGUGUCGUGGGGCGGGUGAGAUGCAGUGGGCUUUGCAGGCAGCUGAAGGUGGGGAAACAGCACGUCAAAAGGUGUCUGAGUGGUAGGAAAUCUUCAGCCAUUGUAUGCAUUUGUGCAAGUAUCCCCAUGCCAGGGCGUGCUGAGAGGUGCCCCCAGCUGCUCCAACCCUGUGAUGGGGCUGGGGAUGUUUGCAGCUGGGGAGGAGACCAAGAGCUGCUUGGGGGGACACAGCAGACACUCAGCCAUGACACCAAGGGUGCAGCUAACCCAGCGUGGGCAAGGUUCCGAAUGCAUCCCCCGUUUGGUGCAUUCUUGCUUUCCCAGCCCCACACCAGUGGCACAUUUCACCUGCUGGAAGAUGCAGUUUUACUGCCAGGGCAGACUUUGGAUUGUGCAGAAGUGUGUGCAAAACCUUCACAAAACCUUGCAUUUUGUGGCUCUCUGCAAGCAGAGAGGCGACGUCAGGGGGUUGGAAGGCAGGGCUGUGGCAGGAGGAGAGCAAGGCUGAACCUCGCCCAGCAUUGCAGCGAGCAGCUUCCCACCAGCUGCCUGUCUCCAUAGCAGGAGCAGCCUGGAAAGGCAGGAAAAAAAGGCAGGCAGCUCCUUAAAAUAAGGAAAAGAAAUCUUGUUUUCUCUCUUCAUUAUCCCCAGCCAAAGCUAAUCUAUGCUGCAGGGAGAGCAGCUGCAAUUGUCUGCAGCUGGUGCUCAGGGGCUGAUUCCCCCUUGGGAAGAUUUUCUUGGGUUUGUUCAAACAAAUUGCUGGGAUGGUAAGAAACAGAGCUCGCUUCCCCCUGGCUCAGCAGCCAGCACUAUCUUCUACCUUCAUUUUUUGCUGGCCAGGGCUGUGCCUGCUAGUGCAGAAGCGGAGGGAGCAGCAGCACAUGCUCAGUGCAGGUUCAGCUGCAGUGCUGCAGGGCCGGAGCCCCACACACCCUCCUGCAGCAGCUGGACAAAGCUUCAUGCUUCCUGCAGCUCCUAAUGGUAUCUUGUGAGGCUCUACAGGGCUGGAGCUUUCCCCAUCGUGUGUAGGUGUCUGGGUUGAGCAGAAGCCAGCAGCACCAGCUUCCUACAUAGAGCUUAUGAAAUGAUGCAGUAAAGGUGGGAGCCCCAUGGGCUUUUCUCAGAUGCUGGUGUCUGAGAAGGAGGAGCCGAGGGGAGCUGCUGCUUGGCAUUCAUGGAUCCUAGAGUUUUCCCUCCUGCAUUGAAACGUCAGAGCUCUAUGGCCUGGUAUGGGUUGCCCUCUUACUCCCUUUUCUGAAUGAUGUUGCUGGACACCGAACAGCAUUGCUUCAUACCUUCAUUUCUACUACUGGUGACAGCCAGGGCUCUUUCUGCCGCACCCCUCCAUCACAGUGUUCUCAACAAAUCACUAUUUAUUUUCUAUCUCCAUUAUUGAUAGUGUGCAUAUGACCUGUCUUAGAUAUUUAUGGUACUUUUACUGGGACUUCAGUUUUGCAAGCCAAGAGAACCUCUUGCAGGCAUUUCUUUUUGAUUUAAUUUUUUAACAGUGUCUCAAGCAGAGGAUCUAAAUCUUUAGAUAAUAUAUUUUCUUUCUAAAAUAUAAGCCAUAUCUUCAUUGGUGGCACCAUGUUGGUAUUGUGUUGAUCCCACAGAUAUCUCAAAAUUCUCCUGUGCAGAAGGGAGCUAAACUGUUGCUCAUAUCUUCAGCUGUGAUUUAGAAAUACAAAAGAGCUAGAGAGCAACCAAAGACCGUGUGAAUGCACUGUAGCACUUUGGCACAUCCCAGGUGGUGAAGAGUGGCUCAGAAUAUUUUCUAACAGCCCUUUUACUCUUUUGAGGUACCUCUACAUGUUUACUGCAGAUUCUUGUGUUCUCUGAAUGUGUUUAUACAAAUAAUAUCUCUGUAUAAGGUGCAAGUACAAUAAUUUUCAGUUAAGGAAAAGGAAACCAAAAUCCAAAGAGACCAAAUGGCUGCCUGUGGCUCAGCAUGGCACUGAGCUCCUGACUUUGUCCCAUGAACAGCUCAUCCUAUUCCAAGCUAUUUGAUAGCAGCUUCUCUUUGUCUUAUCCAACCCUGACUGUCCAAAUCUGCAUUUGUCCCAAACCUGCAAACACUAUGGGACAGCUGCCUCCAUUUUGGCUCCUUCAUCUGCUUUAGCAAGCAAGCCAGUCCAUGCUUUUCUACUUCCUGGUGACCCUUCACUAACCCACUCAGGUUCUCUGCUGCACUGCUCAGACCCUUGCUCAGCUAGAAGGGGAGAUUUCCUUGAUUAUUUUCCUGCAAAACACUGCACAUGUUCCAGCAUUAGAUAGUGAGAGAUUUGCUGAUCUAUUGGCUGUGUAUAAUGCAGGUUGAUGUUGUGUACAUGAGUUGCAAAUGAAACCUGGGAGGGACUGAGCCAGGUAAUAGGAAACCACUUCUGGGGAUGGCUCAGCAGAUGACAGCAGGCAGAGUGAUCUUCAUGUCCAUCCUCAUGAGCGAUUCCACAUGCACCCACAGCACCUUCUGGGUCUCUGUAGAAAUGGAGAUGCAUCAGCCUUGUUCCUCAGGAUCCCACUGCUUUCAUUGGUUCCCCUUCCUUUUUUGGCUGUGCGAGCUCUCCUGCUGCUCUGGUUGAGGAUGUUGCGGAGCAAGUAGAUGGAAGUGAGUUGGACUGAGGCAAAGGUCUCACCAUCAGCUUGAUGGCAGUGAGAGUAUCUCCAUCCUGUUUGUACUCUCGAAGCUUAUCAAGGGUUGUGGUUGCAUUUAUUGUGCAUGUGACACGGCAUUCUUUGUGCUGAAAGACCUGGAUUGCUGAUCUUCUUUGCCUUCUGUUUGUAUUUUAGCUACAUUUAUAAUUGGACUAUUCUCUUCUUAUUGUGGUAUAAUAUUCUUCACAGACACAAUUUUUUACUUGUCCAAAGUUAUAUUUGUAAAACAAGUAAUUUUCUUCUAGUAACCUUCCUUUGACCUUGCUACCAAAUACAGCACAUUCAGUCUCAUCCAUUUUAAUUCUCUGAAUUCACACAAGUGAUUCUCAGUGUGCCUCUGGUUCAUUAUGAUUUACACUGUAUUGGUGUUGUGCCUUACCAGCCCUGUUCUAUUUUGCUGGACAUCAUUAAACAUCUAACAAAAGGCAGGGUAAUCAGACAGCCUUCAGCUUCCUUUUAUCUGGUCAAGAAGUGAAGAACCAGAAUUUUUGACCAAUAUUGGGUUGGAGACGGGGAGCCCCAUGGUCCGUGCACAUCACCAGUGGGAGGUGGUUCAUGUUACUCAUGCCCUGCACCCAUCCCCAGCCACUUCUCCAUUUCCUGCUUCACAGCCACUCAGGGAGCAACUAGAUAGUAUCCCUAGGGCCUAACUUGUAGAUAAACGGUUUACAUGGACGAAUGCUGUGUGUAGUGCUCAGGGGAAGCAGCAGGAAUAUGAAGAUGCAUUAUGUACUGCACAGCACUAGAGGGAGCACAGGAAAUGGGUCACUGGAGAGAAAGGAAGCUGAGAGCCUGUGCACUUCUUGACAGGUUGGUAGAGGCUUUGAUAAUCUGCCUUGUUCUCCUUGCAGUGGGGAGGAACUAAUCUUACUCAUGCAAUAUGGACAGUGCAGGGAAAAGUUGGAUGAAACAUUUUAAUUAAUUCUUGAAUGCUGUGUGCAGUGGAAUUGAAACAGAGAAGAAUCAGACUGUGCUUGUUACUGGGCAUAAAUAUUCAGAAGUACUGCACCUUUUUAGAUAGUAUUGUUGUUUAAUAACUACCUGAGAUCCCACGAAACCAAAAAUAAAGUUUACCCCACCUUACAGGCUGCUUAAACAAAAAGUCCAUCUUUUCCAGCCUAAAUGUUAUUGAAGUAUGUAAAUUUGUGCAUUGGAAGGCACACGAUCUUUCCUGGCAGGGUUUGAUUGCAUGUAAUACUCUGGCCAACCAGCUGUCUUGUCUUGCUUCAGAGAUUAUUAUUCCCCCUGACAUAAAUAUGUCCUCAGAACUUUACAUCUAUUGGUAAAUGUGAGUGCAGACACUCCUGAGGUAAAUUGAUUAGUGCAAGGUUUUCAAUUGUCGUCUUUUGCCCUGGGAGCUCUAAGCAUUCUCUUUCUGAUGCAACUGAAAUUGAAAGUCUUGCUUCAGGAGACCUUGGUUUUAAUCUCCUUUGACACACUUUCUUAGACAUUGACUCAGUGGUUAUGUUCCCUACUUUUAUUUGCAGUAUUAAAGAUCUUCCCCAGCUGAGCAAAAUAGAGCUCUCUCAAGGGAUCAUUCCAAAAUAUACUGAAAAAAAAACCUGACACCGAAUUUGAGACCACUUGCAGAGGAAUGAUUGCCUUGGUGGCCUGACAUAGUGGAGCCCAUACAAAUGCCCUGAGUGACAGGUGUGACUGCUCCCCUGGCUGCAGUAUCUGUUUGUAAAUGUUCAGUUUGGUUUUGAUUAAUUGUAAUCAUGUUUACGUGUGAGCAAUUGUAAAAGAAAUUUAAUGGUCCAGCCUGCAAAGUUUCAAUCUGCACCAAUGAAUCAUCAAGUCCCAACACACAAAAAUAACUUGCCCUAGGCAACCUUAGAGUAACUUUUUUUUCUGAGAAGGCUGGACAGCCCUCAAGAUAAAGAGGUGAGUAGCAGUGAACAGACUGAUGUUCAAACAAAUAUCAGCAAAUCCCCGGCUGAAUUCAGCUUCCCAUCUCAUUAACAGUGCCAAAGCAAGCCGAACUGCAUAGAACCAAGUUCUCCCACUGCUCACUGAAUUUAUCUUCUUGUCUUAGCCUAUUGACAGCGUUUGGGGCACAUGUAACGCCUAUUGUUCUAAAAAGUACCUGAGGAUGAGGUCUUGUGAUGAUUCUCCCAAGUUUCAGUCUUUCCCCUUUUUCACGCAGAAACUCCCGGCCUUGGCGCUGCCCGGGGCCUCCGGCGUGGUUCUGAAGGGACAGCUCCGCACGUGGGAUGGCGGGGAUGGAGGGCGGUGGUGCUGAAGGGACAGCUCCGCACGGGGCCGUAUCCUGCCCGGGGCUGGGCCGGGGGGGUUCUCCCCCUGCUGCCGCUUUUCCCGUUGCUUUCCCCCGGACCAAGCUGUGCAGUUGCCAUGGAUUUGCAUGGAAACGAGAGCUGCCCUGCCGGUGGGGCUCUUUGGCACUUCGCCCCGCAGCGCGCCGAUCUCUGGGGCUGGCAGCUUUCAGCCUUGCUCCUUCGGCCCAUGUGCCCACACGCUGCUAAUUGCAUCUGACGGCUGGCGCCGGGGUGCAGCUGCUGGCUCCAGCUCCGGGAGAAGGACGCAGACCACUUCCAGGGCUCAUUAAAGCACUGCCGCAGCUCAGUGGAGCGAUGUCCUUUUGUCCUCUUCUCUCCUCUUCAUUUUAAUUGACAGAGAGGGACAGUCAGUUUAUGCUACAGAAGGGAAGCAGGACAAGGAAGAUCCCAGUGGAAUGAAGGCAGCUGCUAAGAAGUGAAAUCACUACAAUAGGCCUCCUGAAAUGCAGGGCUGCAGCGGGCACUCAUCUACACAGAACCACAGAAUCAGAACUGGGGAGCUACUGAAGUUCAAGUAAUGGCAUAUAAAGCAUUGCGGUUUAUAAUAAGUGCUAGGAGUUAAACUGGUGGGUCAGCAAUGUGGCACAUCUGCUUAAUGUCUUGAUUUCACCCAGGAUCAGGCAUAAUGGUAAAGCAAGGACCUUCAUGCUCUCUGUUAAGUGGUAAUGUCUCUCAAUGGGUCUAUGGAUCCUCCUCUGGGCUCUUGGCAGCACAUUAUGAGAUACAGUAGCUUAACUGAUAUGUACCACUCUUCUAGUACAAUGCUGCACUCUCAGAGGCUUUCCAAAGUCUUUUCCAUUAAGAACAAGAUCAAAGAUGUCCUGCUUGGAUUGCUGAUGUAAACUAUUCCUAUCUGGCAUGCAUUUAAUAGCAGAACUGGACAGGGCAUUAAAAUCAACAUGUGGCAUGAACUGAGAAAAGUUCAGUACAGAUCUAAGUGGAAGGGAUUGUUGGUUAUCCAGAGGAGGGUGUUAAAUACGAUGACAUUUUGUAGUUGGCAUGACAAAUAAGUGCUGAUAUGAAGUAUGCAAAUAGACCCAUUUUUUUCCCCACCAGAUUAGCUAAGGGAAAGUGGAGGAGAAGCUGCGUGCACUGCUGUUGUUAGGGCAGCAGCACAUGCACUUGUGAUCUCUGAGAGUGCAGUGGUGCAUCUUCCAGCUGUGGGAAUGCUGAGCAAACUUAAUGGGUCACAGUGGCAGAGCUUCAUGGGACGAUGUAUUUCCCAUCCUUUGCAGAAUGCCAUGGGGACAGCAUUUGCUGUGAUUGCAGUCCAAUAUCCACCUCUGUCUACAUGCACCUACCUAUGCUGUCCCUUGUCUGCUCCUGCAGUGAAGGAGGUACACUGGGAAGUUGGAAGUUCUCCACACAACUGACGGCAACUUUCCUCUUGACCCUGAUGUCAGGAAGUUGCUGAAGGUUGAGAAAUGUUGCUAGGUGUCAGUGGGCUUCUGAGUCUGGAACUAUGAUGGAGAAAUUGUUUGGACAGCUGUCCCUUUCUGGUUCACUACAAGAGCAAUAGUGUGUCUACUCCUUAGUGGGAAAAUUUUCCUCAGCAACUUACACCUCUGCAGAUGGUAAAAUCCUACUGUGUGUCUUCCUAUGACUUUUUCUACACUGGCUGAUAAUUUAGUUUGCUCUACUACUCCUUGGGGACACUUGGAAAACCCAUAACAGCCUGGAAAUCUUCCACAGAAGCUGGUAGCUGUAAAUGGUUUUCCCUGUGCCUACUAGCUUCAUUUCUCCAUGAAAAGGGGCUACUACUGCCAUCAGACUCUUGUCAUGGCUAUUUCUUCUUUUUCAGCCUACAAGGAGAAAAUGAAGGAGCUGUCUCUGCUCUCCCUCAUCUGCUCCUGUUUCCACACCCAGCCACAUCCCAACACCAUCUACCAGUAUGGAGAUAUGGAGGUGAAGCAGCUGGAUAAGAGGGCAUCGGGCCAGAGCUUCGAGGUGAUCCUGAAGUCUCCUUCAGAUUUGUCUCCUGAGAGCCCCAUCCUUUCCUCUCCCCCCAAGAAGAAGGACCUGUCCCUGGAGGAGCUGCAGAGGAGGCUGGAGGCUGCAGAGGAGAGGAGGAAGACCCAGGAGGCUCAGGUGCUGAAGCAGCUGGCAGAGAAGCGGGAGCACGAGCGGGAGGUGCUGCACAAGGCACUGGAGGAGAACAACAAUUUCAGCCGCCUGGCUGAGGAGAAGCUCAACUAUAAGAUGGAGCUGAGCCGGGAGAUCCGCGAGGCGCACCUGGCUGCCCUGCGGGAGCGGCUGCGCGAGAAGGAGCUGCAUGCAGCUGAAGUCCGCAGGAACAAGGAACAGCGGGAGGAGAUCUCUGGAUAAAGGGCUUUUCUACACAUCUAGCACCUGAUUCCUGUUAACAAACCGACCGACCGACACGUUUUAUUUUGUUUGUCUAGAUGCAGCGUUUGGUUCUCCAUCCCCCCCCGUCCCCUGGUGUUUGUCCCCCAGCAACACGCUUCUCUGUCUGCAUCCUUAAUCGUUCGGUGCUUGUGGGGAGUCACAGGUCGUAGGGACCUCUCAGCAGAAUAGCAGCUAGUUCACAUGAAGUAGAGAUCAGUCAACCAAGCAGCUUCUUUGGAGGGUUUGUCCUUUUUUUUUUUUUUCUUAAAAAAAAAAAGAAAAAGAAAUAUUUCUUAAACUGGUGUAAAAAUUGAGAUAUUAAUAAAUGCAACCAGCAGUGUCACGGAGAUACAGAAUUCUUAUCCGGGGGCUUUUGCUACUCUUGGUGUUUGCUCUGAGCUAAGUAUCGGAAUAAUAAGGAGUGAUCAUUUCUGUAUGUAAGCAGAGCAAUGAGCAGAGUGUUAGUGGAGAGGGUCAGGCCGGCUGCAUGGCACUGCCACGUGGCUCCCAGCCAUCCCUGCAGCCAGGGUAGGCAGGAAGCAAACAUCCUUAUCUCAGGUGGACCUUUGGUAGCCAGUGUGGAAAUAGGGGAGGGUCUCAACACAGAGAUUGGUGCCGUGUCAUAGAAUGUACCCAAUCCCAUCCUUGUCCACAACUCCAUCCCCGUCCCCAUUCAUGUCUCCCUCCCCAUCUCUAUCCCCAUCCCUAUCCCUGUCCCCAUCCCUGGUGGCUGCAGGCUGAGCCCCCUGCCCCCCAUGGGCUCUGUCACCUCGGCUCUGCAGAACCCCAGGAGGGCCCUCAGUCUGCAGUCUGCCAGCCCUCCACGACCCCCUCGGAACGCAGGGAUGGGACGCGGUGGUGAGGCCGCCUGCUGGCAGGGAGGACGUCGCUCUUCCCAAGGAUGGAUGUGGCUCAGUGGAUGCUGAGGACAGGGAGCUCCUGGGCAGCGCUUUGGGAUAAGGACUUACCAGCAGCGCUGGAUGAGGUGGAGCUGAGCAGGAGCAAUUCUGCAGGAAGGGUGAGGAGGUGUUCCCGUGUUCGUUUCUUGGCUAUCUUUAGCUUUUCAAAGCCUAUUUUUAUGCAAACGUUGUCUCUUGGUGGAGGUAGGGACGAGUGGAGGAUAUGCAAGUGUGACAGUGGUGGGUGACAGCAGUGUGAUGCAGACAGGUGGCUGCCAGCCUGGGGCUUCCUGUGCUGCCAUUGCCACGGCUUUGGGAGGCAGCUGAAGUGCCAGCACUGCAGGGCUGUGCCCGUGGGACCUUACACCCACUCUGCUUCUGCCUUGAAAAGCUGAGAGCAAACAGUGCAUCCAGAAUAUUGCAUGGAAUUGGGUCCAACUGUGCACGGGAUGCAGUGCUGAGCAGCCAGCCCGGUCUGUGGUAGGAUUCGGGGCAGGAGGUGAUGAGGGUUCCCCUGUGCAGUGCUUUGGUGCUGUGCUUCGGGGAGGGCAGCAAGCAGGGGGUGGGCUGCUGGGGUCCCCUGUGCUGUGCGUGCAGCAGAGGAGGAUACCCCAACCCUGGAGGUCGGAUGGGGCCCUGAGCAGCCUGACCUGGUGAGGGCAACCAGCCCACGGCAGGGGGACGAUCUUUAAGGUCCCCUCCAACCCAAGCCAUUCUAUGACUCCACGAUUUACACCACAGGCUGUGUGCGCUUCCCUCUCCAUCCCUCCCCAAAAAGCACUGCCGGCUCGGUUAGGACCUGACGUUUUCUGUCUAAGGUGUGCUUUAAUUACACACACAAAACAAAUGGUUUUGACCAAAAAAAAAAAAAAAAAAAGGGAAAAAAAAAAGAAAACCCACCAAAAAGCCAAAGGGCAGCACUGCUGGGGGGCGGCCCUGAGCUCUGUGCUGAUCUCCCCACAAGACCCCGAGGAUCCGGGAGCGACCCCUCCACAGCCACAGAGCAGCUGGGGGGAACUCUGCUCCUGCAGGAGGGCCCCCCCCCAGUGCUGGGGUACUGCAGAGCGCUGGGGGCAGAGAGGGAACCGGAGCGGAACCGAGGGUUGACUUUCUUAGCAGUAGCCAAUGAUCCGUUUAUAGUAGCAGCUGUCUUAGAUACGCAUCGUUGUAGAGCGCGGCGCCGCCGCCAGCAUCACCUCAUCCAUAUAGUGACGAGAAAUUCAAAAGAGAGGGGGGGGGAAAAAAUAAUAAUAAUAAAAAAAGUUAAAAAAAAAAAAGAAAAAAACAAACCUAAUUUUAAAAGUAAUUUAAGCAAAAUGUUUGUGUGUAAGAAAGGGUUGAAACCGUCACACGUCUGUGUCCCACGCCGGUGGGAUCUGAGAAGGUACCCGCGAGAUGUUCACCCCGUCCUGCUCUCUGUGGUGCUGAGUGUUUGCUUGGUGUGUACUUCUGACCUGGAGCUUGUUGUAAAUACUGUUUUUAGUACUAUGAUUAUUACUAUGAUGAUGAUUAUUCUCCGAAAUGUUGUACUCAUGAGCAGGAGUCCUAAAGGAGAGAGAUGAGCACCUUCCCUGUGGAGCGGGGCUGCGGCACCCAGCAGGGAUGGCACGCAGAUGUUCAUGCUCCCGUCUGUGAUUUGGCAUCAGUGCCUGACAGUGAGGUGCAGGGAAGGGGCUCACGCAGGGCUGAGGCUGGGGAGCCCGCCGGUCCCACCCUGUCGGUGCCACGAGGGUUGGGGGAUGUGGCUGCAGGAUGCAUUGCUGCAGGCUGAGUCAUGCGUUGGUGGCAGCAGAGACAGGCACACAGGUGUGGCCAGGUGCUGCCCUGCCACGCUGUGGGUGGGUGCUCCCAAGGUGGGUGCCCCACACACCACUGCCAGGCUGAGCCUUUCUUUGUCUCAUCAGCCCUGAGCCACACAACUGCUGUGCCCACACGUAGGGUUACCUUUGAGCCAACCUUCUGUGGACAAUUCGUGAGCGUGUGAGCCCUACACUGUGGCCAGCUGCUAUUGCUGCCCUGUUACCUGGGGGUGAGCAUCCUUGGUGUGGGUUCUGCCCCGCUGCAGCACUGCGUGCGUGCAGAAUUGCACCCAUGGGAUGGGGUUUGCACUCGCACUGUUGUGCCACUGGGAGUGAGGCAGGGAAUGGCUGCUCGUGGUGCUGGAGGUUUCUCACACCCCAGAGAAGGGGCUGGGGGUCCCAUCAGCAGAACCCACCACUGCCCGUGGGUCCCACGUUCCAUUCCCAGCCAGAGGUGGUUGUUGUGCAAGAGAAGCGAUGAUGAAAGACAAGGAAGGAAAGAAAGUGGGUCUGACCCCCACGUGUGCCCAUCUCUCUCCGUGAGUUGGUUGUUUGAGUUCUAAGGCUCCUGUGUGUAUUGUGGGAAUACCAAUAAAAGGCAUUAAACAGAAAACGAACCCGAGGGUUUUACAAAACGGAAUCCAAGCCUCUGUAUGUUAAAUGAGUACUUUGCACCCGUACGAAAGAUGCAGAAACUGAACCCAUCCUUUAUCACCAUUCUCAGAGGAAAAGAAAGUAAUAUAAUGCUCAACUGCAGGCACCACCCUGAGCCCUGCACUUAGAGGUGAGGGCAUGCAGCGGCGUAACAGAGGACGAGCAAAACGUUAUGAGAUGAUUGCAAAUACAAUAAAUCCAGUUCUGGAAUACA